CUAGCAACCACAGAAGCGUCCUCCUGCUGUGGAGUCAGCUGUCUGAGGUUUUAUCACCGCUACUGCGCGAGUUUGACCCUAAAACAUGGACCUGUCAGAGGAAGUGAACACCAGACCGCUGUGUGCUCUGUCUGCAUUCAGUUACAUCUCACCACGAUGGAAGGAAGCCAAGGAAAUGUCGUACUUCAACACGGGGUCAAAGGCCCCACAAGUCUCCACGAACGACCAAAUCCUUCCCCCGCCAGAGGGUUACGAUCCCAAACUGACCCGAGACAACAGGAAACACUAUAAAGGCAGAGGACUGCACAUCUACGAGGAGGAGAAGUCCAGAGCGGUGCCGCUGCGCGCUUCGUCAGAGUACGGCCGUCAUCCCGUCCUCGAGGAGUACAGAAGAGGUCAGCGAUACCCUCGUGUGUGUAAGCUAAACGAUGACACACACAGGACCGGGAUCGUCUGGAGUGAGUCCGAAUUAUAUGGACCAGUGGCCCCUGAAGGCUUCGACAGGAAGAAAUGAACUGUGACAGUAAUAAAGCAGCGUUGUGAUGUGCAGAUUUCUUGAUGGUUAAAAAAAUCCAAAACAUCAAACAUUCCAGUCAUCGUUUAUUCAGAUGACAUUUAAUUAUGACGUAUUACUGUUUAAUAUUCUGGUACUUUGCAAGGCACGAACAGUUUUUCCAAGUGAAAUAUGAUCUGUCCAAAGCUUUAAAAGAAUAAAUCAGGAAAUAUGGAGAUGGUGACAUUUUCCAGGAAGCUUGGGGAACAUUUGAGGCUGAAAUCACUCCAUCAGUAUGAGCGUCAUUCAAAGGUUCAGGUGGAGCAGACAGUCUAUAAAUCCAAACACGUCUUCCAGUUAUUGCUGCUCCAUAUUGCUCAUGAUAUCAAAGAUCAGUCUUCGUGUUCGGAUUUCUGCCGUCAGUACAGAAGUUGCUUUUAUUAAGAGACUGAGUAUUGUGGAUGUCAGGCGUACGGUGAAUCCUUAAACUGACAGGGUUCUUGAAGCUUCAGGCAAGUUAGAUCUGAGACUUUUUAGUUUUUAACGCCGCUCAAAAUGAAAUUUAGGACCAAUUUUACAGGCGGUGUUUUAACCCUUUGAAACCUGAGCAUAUAGGCUUGACUUCUUUCAAAAACAUAGGAAGAAGGCAGUGAGCACAGCAUGUUCAGUGGUGAAAUCCUGCCAGUUUACUGUCAGAGGCACUAAGAUUAAUUCACAUCGAGCCCGAUCUCACUCCAAAGAAAUCCAGCGCUUGGGCAGUGACUUGUGGCGUCAGAAACAAAGAAAAAGACAUCCUGUAAGGCCGGCAUGAUACGUGGCCGGUUGCCGUUAUAGUAUAAUAGCGCCUGGCGGUGUCAGGGGGGAAAGUGGCGGGACAAAGACGAAAGAGGUGGAGAGAGGUGGUGGAUGUGUCCAAGAAAACACCGAUUUUCACCCGCGUCCCAUAACAUUCUAAAGCCAAACCCUGUUCUUUAUUCCUAAACUUAACCACGUGUCAGUUCAAGGAGGACCCAAAUGCACACUAACAGGCAAGUUUACGUUUUUAAAAAAGGCGAGGUUUAAUUCAGCCGACAGAAAAUGUCCAGAUACAGCAGGCGACCGAAAGUCCAAAUGAAAGCUGAACAAAACCAAACUGAAAACCAACCAGGAAAAACACGAUGAACUCGGGGGAAAAAAUCCAAACACAAGAUAUCAGGCAGGACGCAGAGCAUGGACGACAUCAAGAACACAGGGAUGAGCACAGGAUGCGCAUAGACAAACUGACAAAGGGAAACACACAGGUAUAUAUACACAGAAAACUAAUCACAAGAACGAGACACAGCUGGAGGAGGAGGACAUGGGCAAAGGAAGGAAAUGGGGAUUGGCUAACAACAAGGGUGGAGCAGACAAGACUAAUACAGGACAGGUGUGAAGGGAAAACUCUGCGAACAGGGAGGGACUAACGAGACAGGUGUGACAGAAAACACACAAAGACAGGAAGUAAAACCAGACACGACACAUGAGGAGAGAACCUACAAAAUACAACAGACAGGAGUUCCUUGGACGUCAUAUGUGGACGUGGAAAGUCCAUGACCAAACGUCAGUAUGUGACGAGGUCUGAGUGAGAAUGUUGUGACAUCAGCUGCAGAAGUUACAAAGAGCUUCACCCAAACCCACAAUCAUUCAUAUCCAUAUUUACCACAUUGCCUGUAUUUGAUCUCUCCUCUUUUUGUUCCCUUUGUGUAAAUACCGUUCUCUCUCUCUGCAUCACUAACGUCUUUGUUUUGCAAGUUCUCGGAUUCUUUUUGUGUAUAAAUUCUGAACCCACGCAACUGAGACCAGCCUCCUACAUAAUAGGAUUUUUCAGAGCACAGACGUACAGUAUCUCAUUUGCUCCUGCCUUUGUACUCUGGCAGAAAUAGACCAUUUAUUCUUAGAAACGAUACAGUAUUUGAAUGUGUUUGGUGUUAGAAGUUCAGUGUUUAUUUAAGAGGAUCAGGAGCUAAUACACAAGGUGGCGUUCAAAGAGGAGGAAGAGAAAAAAGAGCCGAGUGAAAUGUAAAUGUUGUCGCAUAAAUGGUGGUUCACAAAAGCCUUUAUGAAACAAUGGUUUCACACCUCGGCCAACAGAUUCCUCUGUGGAGUCCUGCACCAAACGGAGCUCAGUGCAGUAUAGAGACUUUAUUAUUACUGUGUGUGUUUGCUGUGCAAAUCAUUUGUGAAUGUUUAAACUUUUUAAAUAUUUAGAUGAAAUGUAAUACACUGUGAUAGUAUUUAUACAAAGAAUACUAAGUGUUAACAGUGAUGAUGGUAUUUGUAAUCCAGAGGACAUAUUGAUAGAAAAUAGUUCAACAUUGUGAGAAAUUUGCUUCGUGGCAGAGAUUUGGAGAUAUAUAUAUAUAUAUAUAUAUAUAUAUAUAUGUAUAUGAGAGUGGUGUCAAACCGCCAGAUCAAAAAUAAGUGUACACUAUAUGGACAAAAGUAUUUGGCUACACCUGUAAAUGAUUGAAUUCAGGUGUUUCAAUCAGACCAGUCGACACAGGUGCAUAAAAUCAAGCACCUCACCCUGGAGUCUCCAUCUGCAAACAUUUGUGAUACACAACGGGUCGUUCGGAAGAGCGCAGUGACUUCAAGCUUGGUACUGUGAUAGGACGCCACCUUUGCAAUAAGACAGUUCGUGAACGUGAUGUCAGCUGUAAGUGAUAUUAUUAGAGAGUGGAAGUGUUUAGGAACAACAGCAACUCAGCCACGAAGCGAAGACCAGGUAAAACCACAGAGCGGGGUCAACGUCUGCUAAGGCGCAUGGUGCAUAAUAGUCGUCAACGCUCUGCCGAUUCCAGAGCUGAAAGUUCUGAGCUUCCACUGGCGUUAAUGCGAGCACAAAAACUGUGCAGCGGGAGGUUUCCAAGCUGCAUGCAAGCCUCGCAUCACCAAGUCUAAUGCCAAGCGUCGGAUGGAGUGGGGUAAAGCACGCCGGCACACUCGGCCCCUUGUCUCCAGUGAAGGACGAUCUUAAUGUUUCAGCAUACCAAAACAUUUUGGAUGAUGCUCUGCUUCCAACUUUGUUGCAACAGUUUGGGGACGGCCCUUUUCUAUCCCAACAUGACUGUGCCACAGAACACAAAGCAAGGACUAUACCUCCACCCCAUCAAGCACCUUUGGGAUGAACUGGAAUGUAGAUUAUUGUGAGCCAGGCCUUCUCGUCCAACAUCAGCUGACCUCGUCAAUGCUCUACAGAAUGACUCGGCACAAAUUCCCACAGAAACACUCCAGCUCCAAAGCUUUCCAAGAAGAGCUGAAGCUGUUAGAGCUGCAAAAGGGACCAACUCCAUGUUGAAGUUUAUGUAUUUGAAUACAGUGUCAUCACAGUCCCUGUUGGUGUAACGGUCAGGUGUUCUAAUACAUGUGUCCAUAUAGUGUAUUUCUCAAAAUGGCAAUCGAAUGCUCGGGGAAGAAAGAUGGUGUACUGUUAAAGAGAUGGUUCAUACUGGUAUUAGAGGUGGUGUAAAAAUAGGGACCAGUAUUACUCAUGUAUUCUGGCAUGUUGGAUGAAUACAAUAAAUACAUCUGCCAAAUGAAAACCUGUGUCUCUGAUCGUUCCAACCAAUAAUCUUACAAGCUCCUUUAUUAUGAGCACAUCCUGUGAAUGUCUUUCAUGCCAGCCUAGUCACCGCAAUGAAAUGUUGAGCUUGUACUUUUCCACAAACUAUGAAUACAUGACAUUUGCACGCUUCAUACAUAUCAUAUCAACGUCUCUAAAGUGACGUAGUAUAUGAGCAGAUUUUGUCAUCUCUAGGUGGAGGGAUGGUGGAUGGUAAGACACAUAGGCGUGACAUCUGCCAAGCUGCAGGCCACUGUUAGAGACCAACAAACAACAAAAUUGUUGUGUUUUAGCAAGUCAUUGCUGUGUUUCCAGCGGCUUUUUAGCCACCAAAUGUUUUGUAGUGACUGGUCUGUUUUUUUCCUGCAGCUUUUAAAGCUUUAAACGUGGGUGUUUUGUAGCAACCAUCUUUGUUUUUUCAGCAGUCUUUUAGGCUUCAAAUGUUGGUGUUUCGUAGCGAUCUGUCUGUGAUGAUUUUCCAAGCGGUUUUUACAACUUUAAAAGUGGGCAU